GUCAUGUGAUCUGUGUUUUCCGAAACAAGGACGUGACUAAAAGCUACACAUCUGGGGUUUAAACAGCAUACUAAUGUUUCAGUACAGAUAUUCUGACAUUAAGCAUUCGGUGAAUAUUAUUUACGCUGUUCUUCAUUUAUGGAUUCUGGUUAUACCAUGUAACGUUAGUGUUCAUGGAACGAACACUUGGCCAGUGCCUUACAAGAGACUUGACAGACGUCCAGAUGUUGAACCUUACUGCCAGGCUUUAUAUCCAUUCUGCCCCACUGGAGAUCCAGACGGCCAGAUACCAUGCAUGAAAGCUUCUGAUACCAUCUCAGUGUUCCGGCUUCAGGCUCCUGUGUGGGAGUUUAAAUAUGGUGAUAUGUUGGGAAAGCUUCAUAUCAUGCAUGAUGCCAUUGGCUUUGGAAGUGCGGACACUGGAAGAAACUUUACUAUGGAAUGGUAUGAGCUAUUCCAGCUUGGGAAUUGCACUUUUCCACAUGAAAGAGAAAAUGUAAGUGCACCAUUUUGGUGUAACCAAGGAGCUGCAUGCUUCUAUGAGGGAAUUGACGACAAGCACUGGAAACAGAAUGGGACUCUGGAGAAAAUAGGAGAGAUUUCAGGUGAGAUGUUUAAUGAGAUGGCACUGUGGGUUCAAGACGACAAUGAAACAGGUGUAUAUUAUGAGACUUGGACUGUGAAAACAGACCCUGGAGCCAAUUCUACAACAUGGUUUGAAUCCUACGAUUGUUCCCAGUUUGUGCACCGUACAUAUAGGAAAUUAUUGGAGCUAGGUGCCGUUCUGUUGAGCAAAACCCAAACCAAUUAUACAAAGAUCUAUUUGUACAGUGGAGAGCCUGUUUAUUUGGGAGAUGAUGCUAUUUUUCAACAGUCUUCAACAAAAGAUCUUGCUACAGAUAUCAAAAAGUUCUAUCAUUCAUUUCGCCCCCACCAGUCAGUUUUGGAAGUUAUUAUUAGUUUCUUUGAAGCUUAUGAAGAGACAAUCCUUGAGAAGACAUUUUAUUUGUACUACAACUCUGCAUAUUGGAAAUUGCAGAUGAAACAUCCUUACUUUAGAAUAACCUACGAGGAGAUCCAUUUACCGUAAUGCCAUACCAGAAUCUUUGCUACUAAAAUUGUAUUUUCUAUAAACAAUGUAUUUCCAUUUUCAUUGUCACCACCACAUUGUCACCAGAUAACUUAGGAAAACAUUGCUAUUAUUAUGCUAUAUUGAUUUGUAUAUUGAUGUUUACCAAAUACUGAGUUGUGAACUUUAAGAUAUGUUCUAAUGUAAUAAAGUGUUUCUUGUUGCUUUA